AUGCCUUACACGCCGCCCUCUCACCGAUCUCCCGCCUCCUCAGCGACUGCUUCUCCGGAUGUCAGCCGACGCUCAUCAAUUACCUCCGGCCAGAAGCCCUCGCUCCCUCGCUCAGCCUCGUACCUCAGCAAGAACCGUCGAACACCGUCUGCACCCCCGGCUGUAGAGUCCCACUCUACACCAUCUCCUCCCUAUGGCUCUUCUGAUGAAGUCAAGAACGCUGGCACCCCUCCUGUGAGCGCAAGCCUCCGCAAGUCACCCCCGCCGGUGACUGACGACCGGGGAAUUCCUAAUGCUGCCAUCAUCUCCCCGCCCGACUCUGCCUCGUCAGAUAGCGAGGAUGACAGCCGCCCGGAGAUUCGAGGGAGGAAGCUGGGAAAGCUCAGGGAUGCCGUCAGCCAGAUUCCCCAACCCCGGACACCAUCACCCCCAAGCAAGGACUCGAGGCUAAGUCCUGGCGACGUUACUCCUCGAAGCAUCGUGCACACUAGCUUCAGUGCCAUGAGCCUGAGUGAUCUUCCCAAGUCGGGACGCCGGGGCCAUGUUCGAUCUGCAACCGAUCCAAAUGUGUCUGCUAUCAUGACAUCUGCUGAGAACUCCCAGACUGUCUCGGAGGACUCGGAGGACGACUUGAGGCCUAAGCCGCCGAUGGUCCGCAAGAAGUCCGGCGAGCUGGUCCGCCCAGCUCUCCGUGGACACAAGCGACCCUCGAGCAUGCCUGGCACUCCUGUUUUCGCAAAGGCCGUUCAUUUCGAUUCUCAUUUGGAGCACAUCCGUCACUUCCUCCAGGUCGACCGACCUUUGGCAGUUAGUGCGGGCUCGUCUCCGGUUGAGAACUACGACAGUGAUGCCGAGUAUCCCUUCCCGGGAGGCGAAAAGAGGACUGUUGCACGAACACCGCCGUUUGACUGGCAACUCAUCACCAACAACUUCCCCCACGACUCUCCAUCACGACGGGACCAACCUGUUCGCCUAGAAAAGGUUUGGCUGUCGCCUGAUCAGAAGUCGAUGCUGGGUUCCGUCGUUGUCGCCAACAUGUCCUACCAGAAGCUGGUUGUCUGCCGCUUCACCUUGGACUACUGGAAGACAACUUCAGAGGUCGUUGCCGAGUUCAGCCACGAGAUCCGCCCCAAGGUCACCCGUGAUGGUCAAGACCGCUUCCAAUUCUCCAUCAAGUUGUCAGAUACUGCCAACUUGGAGAUGAAGACUCUGUAUUUCUGCAUCCGCUACAACGUCAAUGGCCAGGAGUAUUGGGACAGCAACAGCUCUGCCAACUUCCAGGUCGACUUCCGGAAGCAAUUCAAGCCGCAGAACGGUAAGAACGGCUUCCAAGGCGCCCAGUCCCGGUCGAGCAACAACAGUCUGCCACGGAGCAACCGCAAGCAGACUCCUACUGCUCCCGGUCGACAGGUGCAGAUGCCUCUUUCGUUUGAUGAUUUUGAUAAAAAACCAAAGUUUAAGUUUGAUGACCAUAUCAACGACUUCUUGGGCGAGCACAACACUCCUGGCCUCCGCCUCAAGACCAACGGACUGGCCUUUGCCAACCGUUAUGAUUUUGGAGCCUCGCUGAGCGCUGCCGUCCAGGCGGCCAAGGACUCUGCAUCCAAGGACAAGGAUGCCCUCUACAUGAAGAGGAACGUCCGCGACAGCCCCACGCCCAUGAGCAUGAGCUUCGGCCCUCCUCUGAGCGCACCGUCUGCUUCGCAGUCCAGCCAGCCCGUCGCUGCACCUGCUGCCGCUGCCGCUGCCGCGGCUGCUGCUUCUGCUCCUUCUUCGCCCCCUGUUGGCCUUGGCCUCGGCCUCGCCAGCUCUUCCUACGAAGAGCUCGUCAGUAAAUACUGCUUUUUUGGUUCGAAGACAUCGACCACGACGGCGGCGACUAAUGGAACGACCAAGAGCGAAGAGAUCGAGGGCAUCAGCCCGACUACGGUGUCAGUGGCGACGAUGGCUCACCCCCUUCACCACACCGGUCCUGCGGCUCACCACAGCCUUCACCACCCCAUUGAGAUGAAGCUCACCCGCCCCCUGACCGCCGAUUACCUCGCGGCAUCGCCCUCGUCUCCUCUCGACUCUAUAUCCUCUGUCCUCAUCAGCAGGGACCAGUCGUCGACUCCCAAGUCGAUGCCUCACAUGAGGUCGCCUUCGCCGUCUUUUUCCACAUCCCCAACUGAUGCUCCCUUCUUCGCGCAACAGAUGAUUCAGCAGCGAUUCCGUUGGGGCGCAGAGCCUCAUACCGCUACCGCCAUCCGAGGCUAG